UGGCAACUUGUGAUUGGCUAAAAUAAAAACCGGCGUUUUACUUCCGGAUAACGGUUCUCGCGAGAGGUUAUGUUAUUCAAGAUGGAAGCCGCCUAUGGUGUUCACUUUGGGUGCACAUCGGCAUGUCUAGCUGUAACUAAGGAUGACAAGACAGAUGUUAUAGCUAAUGAUCUUGGAGACCGCACAACGCCUUGCAUUGUGGCCUUUACGGAACAUGAACAGUCUGUUGGUAUGGCUGCAAAACAGGGUAUGAUUCGUAAUCUCUCCAACACAGUCUGUCACGUCAAACAGAUUCUUGGACGCAGUUUCCACGACCCAGCCGUUGUGCAGUACAAACGAUCUUCAAAUACAACAGUUGUUGAUAAAAAUGGAGAGCCUUUCUAUGAGGUGGAUUACAAGGAAUCACGGCAGCAAAUUUCCCCUUCAGACAUCGCUGUUGCUAUAUACAAGAAAAUGCUAGAGACGGCCCAGAGUCAUGGUGGUCUGUCCGGUACCCAGGACUCAGUGCUGGCGGUUCCUCCACAUUUCACACAGCAGCAGAAGAAAGCCAUCAGCGCAGCAGCGAACCAUGCGGGUUUCAACAUCCUACGCGUUAUCAGUGAACCUACUGCGGCAGUGCUUGCAUAUGAUAUAGGACAGAAUGAUAGUCAUUAUAAUGGGUUCGUGCUGGUGUUCCGACUGGGAGGGGUGUCUGCUGAAGCGUCAGUGGUGAGCGUGCACAAUGGCAUGUACCAGAUAAUAACCAGUGUGACUGACACCAGUCUCGGCGGAGACAUAUGCACUGAGGCACUUACUGAAUACCUCAUGGCAGAAUUCAAACGACAAACAAAGAACGAUAUUAGUGACAACAAGCGAGCAAUUUCCAAGCUAUCUCAUGCAGCUGAGGUAAGCAAACACACACUGACCAAGCUGGACAAUGUCCACUGCGCUGUCGACUCCCUGUUUGAUGGGAUGGACUUCAACACCAAAAUCUCACGGGCUAGGUUUGAUAGCAGUGUAAGCGAUAUUGUCCAAAGGUGUACACAGUUCAUCGACAAAGUGUUAUCAGAUGCACAACUUACUAGAAAAUCAGUAAAUAAGUUGAUAUUGUGCGGGGGCGGUUGCAACAUGCCUGUGCUACAGAAAGCUGUCUCAGACAUGUUCUCAAACUGUGAUAUACUGAAUACCAUCAACCCAGAGGAGGUGAUAGCCAUUGGUGCUGCCAAACAGGCAGGUAUACUAUCUGUUCUUGAAGAUGACGAUAUAAAGCUGAAUGUAGGAGACUGCGAUGUAGAAUGCAUCACAAAACCCAUACAUAUCAAAUCAAUGACCAGUGAAGGGCCACAACUUGUUCCAGUAUUUCCAGGGUAUGCUCCCUUGCACUCAAGAAAACACAUGGACUUCUCUCUUGCUGCAAAUCAGACAGCAUUUCUUUUUGAAAUAUAUGAGGGAAGUUCUUUAGAAGAUGCAGUUUUAUUAGCGAAGAUUGUAAUGAGGGAAUUGCCAGAAGGUUCUACUGUGAAUUUGAAUUUCCAUUUACGCAGGGAUGGACACUUGCAUGUCACUUGCACUGAGCCUACAACCAACAAAUCUGAAUCCAUUACUAUAGAACCCAGUUGAAAAUGGAUUAUGCAUGAAGCAGCAGAAUAUUUGAAUUUCAUUGGCUAAACCUUCUCUUACAGAAGUUGUCAAUAGUGAACAGUGAUCUUGUUCUAUCUGUAUUAUUCUUGCACGAUAGCUAAUAAAUUGAGCAAAAUUUAUAACACACUUUUAUAACAAAAAAAACUUCAACCCCAAAACAGUACAGUAUAUUACAUGCAUGAAUGUGUUAUAUUCUUGUUAAGAAGUUGGCGAGUUCUUUUUUUUUCAGACAAACGCAAUGGACUCAAAUUAACAUUAAAAACGUUCAUGCCAUGGAAGCUGUUGUUGUUCAGCUAAGUCAGUUAAAUAUUUAAUUAAAAUUAAAAAUGAGCAUGUUUUGUUUUAGUCUUCCAUUUAAUAAAUGAAGCUGUGUGAA